GCGACCUGGGAAGGGUUAGGAUUUAGACAGGACCACAGUGGAGAAGUCCGCCGAGGGAGAAGUACAGGCAAACCGUAUACUAAUGGAAGCUAGAGCGAGCCUUUCAUCGCCACUUCUCAUAUUUCAUACCCACCUUUGUUGGUGCUACAUCAAGGCGAGAGGAACAUUUUGAUUAAUCACUGGCAGCCAUUAACCUGAAGGUGGAAUGCUGUCUGGGGGAAGUGUAAACCAAUCACCAGGAAACUGACCCAGGCUGCUAGUGCUGGUAGUCAAGAAAUCAAGAACAAGCGGAUGAUAUAAAAGAAACCACACAUUUUCCUCCAGAUAAGAAACCAAAUGGGGAAUCUUUUAAAAGUGCUCACUUGCACAGAGUUUGAUCAGGGGCCAAACUUUUUCCUUGACUUUGAAAAUGCACAGCCCACAGAGUGCGAGUGUGACGUGUGGAACCAGGUGAACGCCGUCCUCCAGGAAUCCGAGAGCAUCCUGUCAGGCCUGCAGGCUUACAAAGGAGCAGGAAUGGAGAUCAGAGAUGCUAUACAGAAUCCCAAUGAUUUACUGCUACAAGAGAAGGCGUGGAAAUCUGUGUGUCCGCUCGUCAUCCGGCUCAAGCAGUUUUACGGCUUCUCGCUGAAACUGGAGAAAGCCCUGCAGAGCCUGCUCGAGUCUCUGACCUGUCCACCUUACACUCCCACUCAGCACCUGGAGAAGGAGCAGGCCCUCGCCAAGCAGUUUGCUGAGAUCCUGCAUUUCACGCUCCGAUUCGACGAGCUCAAGAUGCGAAUUCCUGCCAUCCAGAACGACUUCAGUUACUACAGACGAACGAUCAGUCGAAACAGAAUAAACAACAUGAAUCUGGACAUCGAAAAUGAAGUCAACAACGAAAUGGCGAACAGAAUGUCACUGUUUUAUGCUGAGGCCACUCCGAUGCUGAAAACCCUCAGUACAGCGACUACGAACUUUGUGACCGAGAACAAGACUUUGCCCCUGGAGAACACCACAGACUGCCUGAGCACCAUGGCCAGUGUUUGCAAGGUCAUGCUUGAGACUCCUGAUUACACAAGCCGGUUCAACAGCGAAGACACGCUGCUCUUCUGCAUGAGGGUGAUGGUGGGUGUCAUCAUUCUUUAUGACCACGUUCAUCCCAACGGUGCCUUCACCAAGUCCUCAAAAAUAGAUAUGAAGGGAUGCAUAAAGGUCCUGAAAGACCAGCCGGCUGAUAACGUUGAAGGACUCCUUAAUGCUCUGAAAUUCACCACAAAGCAUUUGAAUGACGAGUCGACUCCAAAAAACAUCCGAACAAUGCUUCAGUAAUGUUCCUUUCUUUUUUUUUCUUUUUUUUUCUUUUUCUCUCCUUUUUUCUUUUUUGUUUCUUUUUUUAUAUAAAGAGGAUCAGUGUACAGACCUCAGAAAGAUGUAUAUGUUUACAAUUAUUUAAGAAAUUGAUGUUAAUACUUGUGUAUUUACAUAGCCAUUCCCUCCAGUAUACUUUAAAUUAAAUUGCCAACACACACACACACACACACACACACACACCUCGUAUGGUUUCUCCGUAUCACUUUAAAAUCAACAAUGACGAUUUGUUUUUAACCAAAGUAAUGUGUGUGUGUGUGUGCGUGCGCGCGUGUGUGUGUGUGUGUGUGUGUGUGUAAAUAUAUUCAGGGUGAGCAUAGCAGUGAAAACAAGCUAAAAACAAGUGUUCUCAGUGUGUGUGUUUUUUUUUUUUGGUGCUUUUUCAUUUUUCAUGGGACAGUAAAAAGACAAUUUAAUAAUUACACAUUUCUUUUUUUUUUAUGCUUUUGUUAUACACUUGUUGUUUGUGCUGUUUGCUCUGGUUUAUGCACCUCUGCCUUUAACCCCUUCAUUACUCAAUGCCCCAGCUUUACAUUUUUGAAAUAAAUUUACCUUUUCAGUAUAUU